AUGACUGCACAACCACAAGUUUCAUAUUCUCUGAUUGAUUUUAGCAGGUUUUUACGCAAAGCUCUCAAUGUUCCUGAGAUUGGUUCCCAUUGUAAAUGCAUUCCAAAAAAGAAGGUUCUCCACAAUGCAGUGUUUAACGUAAUUGGAUUGCUGAGCCAAACCAUCUCAUCAGGAUUUGAUAUUGUGAAUGAAUGGAAGAAGGUCUCCUCUCUAAAAGUGAAAGUAUCCAAAGAUGAAUUUAAUUCUCUUGCCCUUAGUUUGUUAUGUUCAAGGAUUCCCUCUAUUGCGUUAUCAUUCGUGAGCCCGAGAACAUUUUCUCAAGCAUUCAAGGGGUUGGAAAGUGAGCAAAAUUUCUAUGAAAACAACUUCUUUGUGGAAGAAAAUCCAGAACGAGACGACCUUGAAAAAUUGUUUCAAGUUCUCUCCAAACUACAGCCAAAUUUAAGUAAUGAAACGAUGAAUGAAUGGAAAGAGCUCAUUCUCAAUCCAUCACCACAAAACUCACAAACAUGCGAAGAUGUGAUUUUAAUUGAGGCCAAUAUGUCCUCACUUCCUCCUUCCACAAAAGAAGCACCUACACAGGAAUCUUGUCAGGACACAAGAACAACAGGAGAAACAGAACAAACAACACAUGAACAACAACCUUCAAGAGAUUCAUUAUUUCCAAUGUCACAAAAUCAAAUUGAGCUAUCACAAGACCCAGUGUUGGAAAACUCUACUCCUCCAAGCAAAACCAUCCCAUUUGGAACAGGUGACAUAAACACUCCACAACAAACAUUAGAGGAAGAUGAAAUAUCCUAUAACUUCGACGAAGAGUUAGAGGAAGAAGAAGACACUUCCAAUAACAAACUUGAGCAAAAUUCGAAAAAACAAAAGAUUUCCGUUAUCACUUCAGGCUCAGUCAAAUUAAGAGAGCAAAGAAAAUUCCUGAAAGAACUCAAGAAGAUUAAAAAACUCAAGUUAAAAAGAAGGCAGACCAUGUUUGAUACUUCCACGUCUGAGAACUAUCAUCCGACGCCUGGUCAUCAACGAAGAAAAACACAUCAUGGUAAAACUGACAUUUCGAAGAAUCAGCCAUUAAGCAAAUCAAUUAAGGAAAUAGUGGAUAAAUCCGAUCUCAUUCAAGUGUCGAGUUCUACUCCCUCCGUUCAUGAUUUCGCUGUGAAAGAAGCUAUUCACAAGGCAGCCCCAGAGAUUAUUGAAGUUUUGAAACAAUAUCUAAAUGCAUUUCCAAGUCCAAACAUGGAUUUGGUGCAGGUCAUGUCCACCAUUGCGCAAAAACUUCAAAAUCAUCCCAACUUUUAUCACCGCUUGUGGAAUUUCCUUAAAACCGAAGACGGAUCGUCCAGUACUCCCAACCCUACUCAACCACCCUCAUCGUCCACUAUUGAAGAGCCAGAAUAUUAA